AUGAAUGGCACGGGCCAUUACGAUGGGCAGCGGGCGAAUAGUGAGGAAAAUCUACACAAACCAGCAAAUGAGAAUGGGACCAACGCACACCCGGGCGCUGGAGCGGAUAGUAACGAACCUAACGUCGACCACUUGAACUGCAUGGGCCGCUUAUCGUACCACAUGUCGAUGACGAUAGGGAAGUUUUUCUACCGGCUCGGUUAUUGGAUAGCGAACAAUGCUUGGAAAACGAUCGGGUUGUGUUUUUUGCUGGUGGCACUGUGCAGCGUGGGCUUCAUCCGGUUUCACAAAGAGAAAAGCCCGAUGAAGCUCUGGAUACCGCUGGGGUCAAAGUUCCAGUACGACACCAACUGGCUGAUAGAGCACUUUCAGGAAGGCAAUCGGAUCGAAACGGUGUUGAUCACCGCACCGGACGUACUCGUGCCGGAAGUAUUACAGACGCUUGCUACCAUUACGGAAGAAGUGGAAGGCUUCACGUUUCGGAACAGCGAAGGCCAACAAUUAGGAUGGAAAGAUAUUUGCCACAAAGUUCCGUUUAUAGCGGAAUACACAGCGGAACAGACGCGCAAAAAGCGCCAUGCCCAAGAUCUGGAAGAGCCAUCGGUAACGACGCGUCGGCCGAAAAAGAGCAAACCGUUCUUUACGCCCGUGAUCGACAUUCCUUCGUUUCUGUUCUGCCCGAUGUUGGAACGGCUAGAAAUGGGCUGCUACGGGAGCAGCUUGCUGGAGUUGUGGCAGUACAAUCGUACCAUUAUGGCGGGCCUCUCGAAGGAAGACAUCGUUGAUAAGUUAAACCGCACCACGGUUAGCCCGAUGACUGGACACACGGUGCAGUUUGCGGAGCUGCUUGGCGAUGUGAAGCGUGACUGGAGUGGGCGAAUCGUAUCAGCCGGGUCACUGGCGACCCAUUGGUUUGUGCAUGUCAACUUCUCGGAGGUAGAUUCGGACGUCAGUGGGAAUGCUGCCGGCACGGAGGACUGGGUCACGGAGAACGCUGGUUUGUGGGAGGAAAAGUUCCUACAGAUUGCUGCCAAAGCGAAGCGGGAACUGACGAGCAAUGAGACAAGCCUGUACUAUGCGGCCGGAAGGAGCUAUGGAGACAUUAGCGAGGAAUCGAUGUUUAAAGACAUGGACAAGCUCAUCUAUGGUGGCAUUGUCAUGUUCGUCUACAUGCAGCUGGUCUUAUCAAAAUUCAGUUGGACCGAGUUUAGGGUUAUUCUUGGAUCCGUUGGGCUGCUGAGUGUUGGGAUGGGCUUCAUCUCUGGUUGCGGUAUCGUAGCAGCGCUUGGAGUGUCCUAUGGCCCCGUACAUACGUCGCUCCCAUUUCUGCUGAUGGGUCUCGGGGUAGACGACAUGUUCGUUAUGAUGGCCUGUUAUCGCAAAGUGCGCAAAGCUAAUCCCGACCUGCAGCUUGCCGAACGAAUGGGGCUAAUGCUGCAGCAUGCUGGCGCAUCCAUCACGGUCACCUCACUGACGGACAUCGUGGCGUUCAUAGUCGGUUCAAUUACAGUGAUUCCUUCGCUGCAAUCGUUUUGCAUCUAUGCGGCUGCCGGCGUAUUUAUGAUGUUCGUUUUCGUCAUCACCUUCUUCGUGGCCAUAUUCACGCUGGAUGAAAUACGCAUUGCUAACCGGCGAAACUCGUUCCUGUUGUGGGUAGUGCACGACGAGAAGUCAACCUCGCUCUGGUGCGAGUACAAUCUGAUGCAUCGCUUCAUUAACACGCUGUACUCGAAGUUCCUACUGACGAAGAUUGGAAAAACGUUAGUCAUACUCGCGGUAGUGCUGAUGACCAGCGUCAAUGUGCACAAUCUGUUGAAGCUGCGUCAGAAGUUUGACCCCAAUUGGUUCAUUCCGCAGGAAACGUACUACAACCAGUUCGUGGUUAAGACACACGAACACUAUCCCAACGCGGGCUACGAAGCGUUGCUAUUGUUCGGUAAUCUCAACUAUACCGCAGAGUUGCCCAAUCUGAUAAGAAUUACGCAUCAGCUAGAAAAUCGGACUGACAUAUUACAUAGCUUCAGUUCGUGGGUAACCUCGUUUCAGGACUUUGUGCAUAUGCACUACGAUAAGGAUGUAGCAGUAGAUCCGCUGACCGAUAGUGAUUUUCGCAAGUACUUGACAAAGUUUCUCUUCAGCUACGAAGGAGGCCGGUACCAGAUGAACAUAAAGUUUGCUACCAAGCUCAAAUGUGGCCAGCCCGCACCAAACAUUACCGUCACCACGAUGGAGUUCAAGUUUAAACCGUUCAAGGAGCGCGAGGAAUACUUACCGGCCAAAUAUGCCGUGGAGGAGGUUCUGGAGAAUAGCAACAUAAGCACCGGUGACCACUACCGAACGCUGUGGGCAAAGAUAUUCGGCAACUGGGUAACGGACGAAAUCAUCGAUACGGAAAUCUAUCGCAACAUAUCGCUGGCAUUGAUCGGUGUGAUGUUCUGUUCGGUAGUGCUGAUAGUGAACCUUCAAAUCUGUUUCUGGAUAUUCAUUUGUGUGCUGCUCACGCUGGUCAACGUGGGGGGCCUGAUGCAGGUAUGGGGACUGACGCUGGAUCUAGUGUCGUGCAUAGCGCUGCAACUUGCGGUGGGAUUGUGCGUCGAUUAUGCGGCUCAUAUUGGUCACACCUUCCUAACCAUCAACAAAAGCGAUAGGAAUCGCCGAAGUCUCGAAACAGUAUUGCACAUCGGAGCGGCCGUAUUCUAUGGUGGAGGUUCAACGAUACUGUCGCUGUCGAUACUUUCCGGCUCGCAGGCAUAUACGUAUAGGACAUUUUUCAAAAUAUUCCUGCUCGUUAUUGCAUACGGGCUGUUCCAUGGUACAAUCCUGCUACCAGUCAUACUAAGCCUCAUUGGACCGGCACCAUACAGUGGGUCCCUGAACAGUCUCAAUACGAUCAACAAUAAUCCCAGUCCGUCAAAGAAAACAUGUCGCGAAGGUGCGGAGAUGAUUUCCUUCAUAGGCAAUAAAAAAUGUAUACCAAACGGUGCGGAUCUUUAG